AUGGGAGGAGGUGGUGGCGGCAGCUACGCGUCUCCUCCUAGCGGAGGAAGCUAUGCUGGUGGAAGUACCGGAGGAGGUAGCUACUCUGGCGGUGGAAUGGGAGGAGGCAGCUAUGGCGGUGGCGGCAUGGGAGGAGGCAGCUACUCAGGCGGUGGAAUGGGAGGAGGCAGCUAUGGUGGUGGCAGCAGUGGUGGCUACCAAAAACCACAGCCACCAAUGCCACCAUCAGGAGGCUACCAAAAACCACAGCCACCAAUGCCACCAAUGCCACCAUCAGGAGGCUACCAAAAACCACAGCCACCAAUGCCACCAAUGCCACCAUCAGGAGGCUACCAAAACCCACAGCCACCAAUGCCACCAUCAGGAGGCUACCAAAAACCACAGCCACCAAUGCCACCAAUGCCACCAAUGCCACCAUCAGGAGGCUACCAAAAACCACAGCCACCAAUGCCACCAAUGCCACCAAUGCCACCAUCAGGAGGCUACCAAAAACCACAGCCACCAAUGCCACCAAUGCCACCAAUGCCACCAUCAGGAGGCUACCAAAAACCACAGCCACCAAUGCCACCAAUGCCACCAAUGCAGGACGCCAAUGCACAAUGCCACCAUGCUAACAUCAAGGAGCUACUGAAAACACCCAACCACCAUGCCACUCAAAUGCAGCUAUCACGGAGGCUACGCAAUAACAAACAGCCAUCCAUAUGCCAAAUGGCGACCCGCAGGAGGAUACCAAACCAUCAACAGCACUAUGCACCACAAUUGACCAUCAGAGGUUACAAAAACCAACCACCAUCAGGAGGGUCCACCACAUUCACCAUAGACAUCAGGAGGCUACCAAAAACCCAGCAAAUGCACCGCCACCAGCAGGAGGCUACAAAUCCUCCACCAAAUGCACAAUUAGCCACCAUCAGGAGUUACCAAAUCACUAGCCACCAAUGCCACCAUCAGGAGGUUACCAAAAACCCCAACCACCAUCAGGAGGCGGGUUACAGCGUCAUCACCUGCAUGCCUCCCCCUCCUCCUGCACCUAUGCCUAUGCCUCCUAGUCCUCCUUCACCACCAUCUGGUGGAGGCAGUUACGGUGGAGUCGCUCCACCAUCAUCUGGAGGAUACUCUCAAACGUCACCCUACAAGCAACGCAUGCAAAAGAACAAAUUGUCGAGAAGGAUGGCAGCCCGAACCAAGGCUUAA